AUGGGCCCUCCAACCACGGACACCACCGGCAUGAACCCGGAGCGUGUCGUCAUGCUCCGCGAUAUCGCAGCCGGUGGUAAAGACAGGCCCCUUGAACCUGAAGCUGACAAGCAGCCCAAGACUGGCCCUCAGCGUAGUGGUGCCAACCACAUCAACCUUGGCACGCCACCUGCCAACGCGGCAGGUUCUCUCUCCAGCCAAAACAAGCCGCUUGCCAUAGUGCCGGCUAAGCGGUCGAGCAGCGCCAUCGACGAGCAGGAAGAGGUCAAAGUCCCGCGUCCGAGCAAGGGCCCGCUGCUUUUGCGUCCCCCCGUCUUUGAUCCUCCACCCACGCCCAACUCAGACAGCUUCCGGCUGGCCUGCCUCUUACGCUUCCGUCCAUUUCGCCUGACUUUGGAGAGCUCGCCGGCUCCGGGUAUGGCCCCCGUGGCGCGAACGUACGCUUCGCAAAUCUCGGACGCAGGCCUCAUCAUCAAUGAGAUUGUCCGAAACCACUCUAACCUGCCCAUUCUGCACCUGCCAAAGCUGGCCGCCCCGGAUGCGUGUCUGAUCGCCCCUGACGGGGGCGUCGACCGAGUGGCCCACGGAGCACGACUCGAAGAACUCUGGCAGCACAUGCCGAUGGAGCGCAAGUUUCUCAUGGUACAACAACUCCGCCGGUUGGUCAAGCAGAUGCGCAAGACGCCGCAGAAUCCUCGCAUGGUGGCCGCACGACAGGUGGGCUCCGUGCUCUCUGGCAACUUCUCCUUGCUCCUCGACCGACGCCAGGGCAGCACCUUCUGGGCCGUCCGUGAAAAGCCCACCCAGAAGCAAUUCGUUGCGUUUCUGCUGUCCACGCUGUCGACGUCGUGCGCGCCGGCUGUGGCCGGACGCAUCGCGCGCCAGUUUUCCGAGUCGGACUCGCUCGUCCUGUGCCACGGCGACUUCUGCCCGCGCAACAUCAUCGUCCAUAACAACAACGUCGUCGGCAUCAUUGGCUGGGAUUCCGCCGGCUGGUACCCCAAGUGGUGGGAGUACGUCAAGUUUUUUGAGACUUCUACCAGUCCGCAGAACCAGGACUGGUACGACUAUGUCGACGAGAUCUUCGACGCGGCCUACCCCGAGGAGCUUGUUGCAUAUCAGGGCGUCAUGCGCUGGCCAUCUUCGUAA